AUGGUCGUCGUUUACCGUUACCCCCUGCUCCUCGCUACAGUUAUUCUGCUGGUAUCGCUGCCAGCUUACACACAGAUCCUGGGCGGCGGCCAUUGCAGGAUGACCCUUACUCAUGUCACGGUGGGCGGGUCGGUGUGCGAGCGCCUCUGCUACCAGCGGGGCUACCGCGGCCCCCCGUUCCUCUGCCGUCGCACCAUCCGCUCGGGAGCUGUGCCUGUGUGUGGGAACGGCUGUUGCCGUAGCGGUCCGAAUUGCUUGCAACUGCUGCGCACCUAA